CAGUUGUAAUGGUUAUUACAAAAAAAGGGGUGUAUGAUUUGAUGACGUAAUUUUUAUUCUAAAUAUAAAAUGAAAGAAGGAUGUAAUGUAAAAUCGUAUCAGUAACACUUUGUGUAUUUUCUGCAUAAAAUUUCGUCUUGGAAAGUGUUGAUAAUACUAAUGACAUAUAUAAGAGUUAUUUAUUUAAGUCUAGAAGAAUACUAGGUAUUUUUUAAAAUCUGUAAUAUAUAACAUUAAUGUUUCUUUUCAAUUAAAAGAUAACAAGUAACUACAGUUAAUAAAUUAGCUCUUCUUUAUCAUUAAAGAAUGCCAGGGUAAGCACCUAUUAUUUCUUUUCAUUCAAACAUAGUGUAGACUAUCUUCCAUCAACAAAAUUAAUUGCCAGUGUUACAGAGAUGUCUUUGGAUAAUAUGUUUUGUUCUCGAUGUAGAGAAGGUUUUGUUCCUCAUGAAAAAAUUGUUAAUUCAAAUGGAGAAUUAUGGCAUCCACAGUGUUUUGUGUGUGCACAAUGCUUCCGUCCAUUCCCAGAUGGAAUAUUUUAUGAAUUUGAAGGAUAUAAAUAUUGUGAACAUGAUUUUCAUGUCUUAUUUGCACCUUGCUGUGAAAAAUGUGGAGAAUUUGUUAUUGGUCGUGUAAUAAAAGCAAUGAAUGCUAAUUGGCAUCCAGGAUGUUUUCGUUGUGAAGAAUGUAAUGGUGAAUUAGCUGAUGCAGGAUUCAUUAAAUGUCAGGGUAGAGCUUUAUGCCAUACAUGUAAUGCACGUGUUAAGGCUGGGGUUCUUGGAAAAUAUAUUUGUCAUCAAUGCCAUGGUGUAAUUGAUGACAAACCUCUUCGUUUUCGUGGAGAACUUUAUCAUCCAUAUCAUUUUAAUUGUACUGCUUGUGGUAUAGAACUUAAUUCAGAUGCUAGAGAAGUUAAUUCUAGACCAGGAUAUGCUGCUAACGAAAUGAAUGAGCUAUAUUGUUUGAGAUGUCAUGAUAAAAUGGGAAUUCCAAUUUGCGGUGCAUGUCGACGUCCCAUUGAAGAACGAGUAGUAACUGCCUUAGGUAAACAUUGGCAUGUUGAACAUUUUGUUUGUGCAAAAUGUGAAAAACCAUUCUUAGGUCAUCGACAUUAUGAAAAGAAAGGUUUAGCUUAUUGUGAAACACACUACCAUCAACUUUUUGGUAAUUUGUGUUUUGUAUGUAAUCAAGUAAUUUCUGGCGAUGUUUUUACAGCUUUGAAUAAAGCAUGGUGUGUUCAUCAUUUCGCAUGUGCAUUUUGCGAUCAAAAAAUGAAUCAAAAAACUAAGUUUUUUGAAUUUGAUUUAAAACCAGCUUGUAAAAAAUGUUAUGAUAAAUUCCCACAAGAAUUGAAAAAACGUAUGCGUCGAAUGUAUGAUUUAAACCCUAAAAGAAUACCAGUUUAAACAUAUGAACAAUAUAUCAGCCUAUGGUUAUUUGGAAAUAUCUUCUAAUAUUAUUGAUGAAAGUUUAUGUUAUUAUAACGUUAUCAUUAUGUUUUAAUUGAUAAUAUUACA